UGUUCACGUGUGGGUGGACGGGAUAAAGUCAUUAUUCACACUGAUUUCGUAACUUUGUAUUUUCCCGUCCAAGAAACACCACAAUACAUUUUUUAUAGGCUUCUUAAUCUUUCACCGUGCUCUACCUUAAUCAAUUUCGUUGAAACACGGAACUGACAAAAAACUGACAGAACUGACAAAAAAAUCAUCGGAUCUGCUUCCAUUCAGCACUGCACUCAGUCUCACUAUUUACCUUAGCCAUGCAGCUCAUUAUUUCCUGUGUUCUCCUGGCAUUUUGGAGGGGAUUGGUCAUUGGUAAGAAAAAAAAAGUUUUUUGUUAUUGAAUUUUGGAGAUAAUGACAUUCAUGUGCCAAUUAGUAUCUAAUUUAAUGUAACUGGGAUUGAUUUGAUGUUGUUGAGUUGUUGUGUCUUUUUGUAGUUAUACAUUAUAUUCCUUGGUCAGCUAAUUUUACCAAGGAAUACUACAGAAGUGACUGCAGCAAAAACGAUUAGGUGGCAGUUUAGUUUAGCUAUUAAUGGGAUCAAUAAUGUAUACUGUCAUUUUACUGACUGCAGUCUGUCAAAAGGGUGAUUCUAUCAGUUGAAGAGUUUUGAUAGAGGACACUUGUCCACCCAUGUAAGCUUCACAAAAAUGGUGUAGUGGUUCAAAGGUCUUAUGUGCUCAUUCAGACACAUGCACACAUGUUGUUCAGGAGAAUAGCUGACACACAGACAGCUGGGUACCCAACACAUGGUGUGCUUUUCAGAAUUCAGUAAAUAGGCCUAGUGGUUCUAAGUUAGAACUUCUAACCAAAGCCCUUCUGAAACAACCCUAAUUUGUAAUACACUCCACUAAGAUAGUAGUUAGAUUGAAUGAAUGACAAGUCCCAUUAGGCAUUAGGACUGUGUUUUUUGUGUUUGGCCAUAGGGUUCCGCUGUCCUCUGAAUGACUUCCAGCGUUCCGAGGGAAGGGAGCUGGUUCCUACCUCCUGGAACUCUGCACGGGUGCUGAUACUCCCAGGGCUGACGCUGGAGGACUGUGCCAGACGAUGCUCAAAUACACUGGACUGCAGGUACCUUGGAGUGUUGUAUGACCUCACUACAACACCUAGCAAUCUUAGCGAUCUUAGGUGUUGGACUAACAGUCCCAAGGACACAGGUUUGAGUGCCAGUCAGGCUAGCCCAGAAUUCAUAAAAAAAUAUAACACAAGCUUACAUGAAAACUCCUUGGACAAGGAAGCGUGCAGGUAAGAUCAUGGUCGACCCUGCCCACCCUGGACACCCCAUCUUUUAAAGACUCCCCUCUGGCAGACGGUUUAGGGGCCCUAUUCAAUCAACAUCGUGGAAGUUCAGCUUGACAGCGUGAUUUAAAUCUAAAGACAAUGUUCCCACUUUAGCGGAGACUGCAUUCAUGGUAAACGCUGCAUGUCGGCUCAAUCGGAAAUUACCUUUACAUUUCUAGCACUGAAUCUGUAACGCUUCAUCUUUACAGAUUGAAUAGAGCCCUAGGUCAGUCAUGAACAAAAUGGCCGCCACCUGAACAGUUUCUUCCCCCAUGCUGUGGCCCUCUUCUUCCCCCAUGCUGUGGCCCUCAUCAACCGGCCAGUGGGCUCAUAGGAAUUACACUAUAUAUACAAAAGUAUGUGGACACCCCUUCAAGUUAGUGGAUUUGGCUUUUUCAGCAAAACCGGUGCUGACAGGUGUAUAAAAUCGAUAACACAGCCAUGCAAUCUCCAUAGACAAACAUUGGCAGUAGAAUGGCCUUACUGAAGAGCUCAGUGACUUUCAACGUGGCACCGUCAUAGGAGGCCACCUUUCCAACAAGUACAUUUUUCAAAUUUCUGCCCUGCUAGAGCUUCCCUGGUCAACUGUAAGUGCUGUUAUUGUGAAGUGGAAACAUCUAGGAGCAACAACGGCUCAGCCACGAAGUGGUAGGCCACACAAGCUCACAGAACCUGAGUGCUGAAGUGCGUAGCGCUUAAAAAUCUUCAGUCAUCGGUUGCAACACUCACUACCAAGUUCCAAACUGCCUCUGGAAGCAACGUCAGCACAACAACUGUUCGUCGGGAGCUUCAUGAAAUGGGUUUCCAUGGCCGAGCAGCUGCACACAAGCCUAAGGUCACCAUGCGCAAUGCCAAGUGUAGGCUGGAGUGGGGUAAAGCUCGCCGCCAUUGGAUUCUGUAGCAGUGGAAACGCGUACUCUCGAGUGAUGAAUCACGCUUCACCAUCUGGCAGUCCGACGGGCGAAUCUGGGUUUGGUGGAUGCCAGGUGAACGCUACCUGCCCCAAUGCAUAGUGCCAACUGUAAAGUUUGGUGGAGGAGGAAUAAUGGUCUGGGGAUGUUUUUCAAGGUUCAGGCUAGGCCCCUUAGUUCCAGUGAAGGGAAAUCUUAACGCUACAGCAUACAAUUACAUUUACAUUUACGUCAUUUAGCAGACGCUCUUAUCCAGAGCGACUUACAAAUGGGUGCAUUCACCUUAUAGCCAGUGGGAUAACCACUUUACAAUGUUAUUAUUAUUUUUUAUUUUUUUUUUGGGGGGGGGGGGGUUGGGGUAAGGGGGGGUAGAAGGAUUACUUUAUCCUAUCCCAGGUAUUCCUUAAAGAGGUGGGGUUUCAAAUGUCUCCGGAAGGUGGUGAGUGACUCCGCUGUCCUGGCGUCGUGAGGGAGCUUGUUCCACCAUUGGGGUGCCAGAGCAGCGAACAGUUUUGACUGGGCUGAGCGGGAACUAUGCUUCCGCAGAGGUAGGGGAGCCAGCAGGCCAGAGGUGGAUGAACGCAAUGCCCUCGUUUGGGUGUAGGGACUGAUCAGAGCCUGAAGGUACGGAGGUGCCGUUCCCCUCACAGCUCCGUAGGCAAGCACCAUGGUCUUGUAGCAGAUGCAAGCUUCAACUGGAAGUCAGUGGAGUGUGCGGAGGAGCGGGGUGACGUGAGAGAACUUGGGAAGGUUGAACACCAGACGGGCUGCGGCAUUCUGGAUGAGUUGUAGGGGUUUAAUGGCACAGGCAGGGAGCCCAGCCAACAGCGAGUUGCAGUAAUCCAGACGGGAGAUGACAAGUGCCUGGAUUAGGACCUGUGCCGCUUCCUGUGUAAGGCAGGGUCGUACUCUCCGAAUGUUGUAGAGCAUGAACCUACAGGAUCGGGUCACCGCCUUGAUGUUAGCGGAGAACGACAGGGUGUUGUCCAGGGUCACGCCAAGGCUCUUCGCACUCUGGGAGGAGGAUACAACGGAGUUGUCAACCGUGAUGGCGAGAUCAUGGAACAGGCAGUCCUUCCCCGGGAGGAAGAGCAGCUCCGUCUUGCCAAGGUUCAGCUUGAGGUGGUGAUCCGUCAUCCAUACUGAUAUGGAUGACGGAUCGCAGAGAUGCGAUUCGCCACCUGGUUAUCAGAAGGGGGAAAGGAGAAGAUUAGUUGUGUGUCGUCUGCAUAGCAAUGAUAGGAGAGGCCAUGUGAGGAUAUGACAGAGCCAAGUGACUUGGUGUAUAGCGAGAAUAGGAGAGGGCCUAGAACUGAGCCCUGGGGGACACCAGUGGUGAGAGCACGUGGUGCGGAGACAGCUUCUCGCCACGCCACUUGGUAGGAGCGACCGGUCAGGUAGGACGCAAUCCAAGAGUGAGCCGCGCCGGAGAUGCCCAGCUCGGAGAGGGUGGAGAGGAGGAUCUGAUGGUUCACAGUAUCAAAGGCAGCAGACAGGUCUAGAAGGACAAGAGCAGAGGAGAGAGAGUUAGCUUUAGCAGUGCGGAGAGCCUCCGUGACACAGAGAAGAGCAGUCUCAGUUGAAUGACCAGUCUUGAAACCUGACUGGUUUGGAUCAAGAAGGUCAUUCUGAGAGAGAUAGCAAGAGAGUUGGCUAAAGACGGCACGCUCAAUAGUUUUGGAGAGAAAAGAAAGAAGGGAUACUGGUCUGUAGUUGUUGACAUCAGUGGGAUCGAGUGUUGGUUUUUUGAGAAGGGGUGCAACUCUCGCUCUCUUGAAGACGGAAGGGACAUAGCCAGCGGUCAAGGAUGAGUUGAUCAGCGAGGUGAGGUAAGGGAGAAGGUCACCGGAGAUGGUCUGGAGAAGAGAGGAGGAGAUAGGGUCAAGCCGGCAGGUUGUUGGGCGGCCUGCCGUCACAAGUCGCAAGAUUUUAUCUGAAGAGAGAGGGGAGAAAGAAGUCAAAGCAUAGGGCAGGGCAGUGUGAGCAGGACCAGCAGUGUCAUUUGACUUUACAAACGAGGAUCGGAUGUCGUCAACCUUCUUUUCAAAAUGGUUGACGAAGUCAUCCACAGAGAGGGAGGAGGGGGGGGGGGGAGGAGGAUUCAGCAGGGAGGAGAAUGUGGCAAAGAGCUUCCUAGGGUUAGAGGCAGAUGCUUGGAAUUUAGAGUGGUAGAAAGUGGCCUUAGCAGCAGAAACAGAUGAAGAAAAUGUAGAGAGGAGGGAGUGAAAAGAUGCCAGGUCCGCAGGGAGUCUAGUUUUCUUCCAUUUCCGCUCAGCUGCCCGGAGCUCUGUUCUGUGAGCUCGCAAUGAGUCAUCAAGCCACGGAGCUGGAGGGGAGGACCGAGCCGGCCGGGAGGAUAGGGGACAUAGAGAGUCAAAGGAUGCAGAAAGGGAGGAGAGGAGGGUUGAGGAGGCAGAAUCAGGAGAUUGGAGGGAGAAGGUUUGAGCAGAGGGAAGAGAUGAUAGGAUGGAAAAGGAGAGAGUAGCGGGAGAGAGAGAGCGAAGGUUGCGACGGCGCAUUACCAUCUGUGUAGGGGCAGAGUGAGUAGUGUUGGAGGAGAGCGAGAGAGAAAAGGAUACAAAGUAGUGGUCGGAGACAUGGAGGGGAGUUACAGUGAGAUUAGUAGAACAACAGCAUCUAGUAAAGAUGAGGUCAAGCGUAUUGCCUGCCUUGUGAGUAGGGGGGGACAGUGAGAGGGUGAGGUCAAAAGAGGAGAGGAGUGGAAAGAAGGAGGCAGAGAGAAAUGAGUCAAAUGUAGACGUAGGGAGGUUGAAAUCCCCCAGAACUGUGAGGGGUGAGCCAUCCUCAGGAAAGGAACUUAUCAAGGCGUCAAGCUCAUUGAUGAACUCUCCAAGGGAACCUGGAGGGCGAUAGAUGACAAGGAUAUUAAGCUUAAAUGGGCUAGUGACUGUGACAGCAUGGAAUUCAAAUGAGGAGAUAGACAGAUGGGUCAGGGGAAAAAUUGAGAAUGUCCACUUGGGAGAGAUGAGGAUUCCUGUGCCACCACCCCGCUGACCAGAUGCUCUCGGGGUAUGCGAGAACACAUGGUCAGACGAGGAGAGAGCAGUAGGAGUAGCAGUGUUUUCAGUGGUAAUCCAUGUUUCCGUCAGCGCCAAGAAGUCGAGGGACUGGAGGGUAGCAUAGGCUGAGAUGAACUCUGCCUUGUUGGCAGCAGAACAGCAGUUCCAGAGGCUGCCUGAGACCUGGAACUCCACAUGGGUGGUGCGUGCAGGGACCACCAGGUUAGAGAGGCAGCAGCCACGCGGUGUGAGGCGUUUGUAUAGCCUGUGCGGAGAGGAGAGAACAGGGAUAGGCAGAGGCAUAGUUGACAGGCUCUAGCAAAUGGCUACAAUAAUGCAGAGGAGAUCGGAAUGAAAUGAACUAAACAUCUGGGAAAGGAGAGAGCGGGGCCUCCCUCACCACAACUCCCAAAUAUAACUCUCCCAACUUCCACCUCAGAAACUAUAAUUGUUGUAAACUACAAUGACAUUCUAGACAAUUCUGUGCUUCCAACUUUGUGGCAACAGUUUGGGGAAGGCCCUUUCCUGUUUCAGCAUGACAAUGCCCCCGUGCACAAAGCGAGGUCCAUACAGAAAUUGUUUGUCAAGAUCGUUGUGGAAGAAGUGGCCUGCACAGAGCCCUGACCUCAACCCCAUCGAACACCUUUGGGAUGAAUUGGAACGCCGACUGCGAGCCUGGCCUAAUCGUCCAACCUCACUAAUGCUCUUGUGACUGAAUGGAAGCAAGUCCCCGCAGCAAUGUUCCAACAUCUAGUGGAAAGCCUUCCCAGAAGAUUGGAAGGCUGGUAUAGCAGCAAAGGGGGGGCCAACUCCAUAUUAAUGUCCAUGAUUUUGGAAUGAGAUGUUCGACGAGCAGGUGUCCACAUACUUUUGGUCAUGUAGUGUAAGUGACUUUACAUUUAACCAAUGUCAUCAAUGACCUCUAAUACAAAUCUGCACUAUACUGCAUUUGCACCAGUGGAGGCUGCUGAGGGGAGGACAGCUCAUAAUAAUGGCCUGAACGGAGUAAAUGGAAUGGCAUCAAACACAUGGAAACCAUGUGUUUGACGUAUUUGAUACCAUUCCAAUAAUACCGCUCCGGCCAUUACCACGAGCCCAUCCUCCCAAAUUAAGGUGCCACCAACCUCCUGUGAUUUGCACUAUGUAGACCUCUGCACAACACUGCAUAUAUUUGCCAUGGCAACAGCCUUCCCUCUGCUUAUAUAGAAGUAUCCCCUCCUUAAAUGGUAUAUUCCCACUGCAGUCAGCCUAAACUCCAGAGUUGUAUGUUUACUGUACUGAAAUGGUAUACUCUGUAUGAUGUCUAUGUGGACUUGUGUCUGAAUUCUGUUUGUAUAUUGUCUGUUGCUGGCAGCUCCUUCUCACUAAGGCAAAUUCCCGGGUAAUUCCAUGUGUAAAUGUACUUUGAUGAAUAAAGGUGAUUCUGAUUUCAUCAGAGCCUUCAACUACGAGACGCGUCCCUCCAUCACCUGUAAACAGCUACCAUGGGUGGAGGAUGGCAGCAACGCAGAGGUCAAGAGGAACGUCAACUGUGACCUUUAUGAGAAGAAGGGUAAGCUUUGGGGUCAAAGUGAGGUCAUGUUCUCUGUCAUUUAAGUUCUCAGUUAAUUUAUGUCAUGUUACUACAAAAUGAGUGAUGUUGUGUCAGUAGUAUGCUGUGAUUUUAUUUUGAAAAGCCAUAUUUUUUUCUGUGAUGUGCAGUCUACGUAAGAAAGUGCAUUGUGGGUAAAGGAGAAGACUAUCGAGGCAAGGUGUUCAUGACAAAAAGCGGCCAUACUUGUCAACAGUGGUGGUCAAAGUUCCCACACGAUCACAGGUAAUAUCAUCCCAUUGAUUUCUGGGAGUUGUAGUUUGGAAGUUGAAAACAUGUAUAUAUAUAUAUAUAUAAUAUACUGUAUAUAUAAUAAGAUAUGUCUCUGUCUCUCUCACACACAUUCUGUUUCUAUACUUGUCAUAGAUGGACACCCACAGCCACUAAUGGCUUGGAGCUGAACUACUGCAGGAACCCAGAUGGGGACCGUAUCGGGCCGUGGUGCUACACCACUGAUCCAGAAUAUCGUUAUGAGACCUGCAAUAUCCCCCACUGCAAAGAUGGUACAUCCCAUUCUGUUAAAAAUUCCAGCGGUUGAAGGAUUGCAACUGCAAAUGUUUCUAAAGAUAAUGUGAAGAACACUAUGUGUGUAUGUGUUGUCUUUGAACUUAUUAUCUGUUUGGCACAGUGGACAUGUCUGUUUGGCACAGUGGACAUGUCUGUUUGGCACAGUGGACAUGUCUGUUUGGCACAGUGGACAUGUCUGUUUUGAUCACAGAGAACAUCACAGUGUUGUUACAGACUGUGUGUGUUUGGGUUUGUGCACAGAGGUGUGUAUCACAUGUAAUGGGGAAGACUACAGGGGUCAGGUUGACCACACAGUGAGUGGCAGAGAGUGCCAACGUUGGGACCAGCAGUAUCCACAACAACACAUCUACCAGCCUGAGAAGUAUGUCUGUCCACCCAGUACUAUUAUCACCUACCACGAUAACCACUACCACUACAACCACUACCACUAAAACCACUACCACUACAACCACUACCACUACAACCACUACCACUACCACUACCACUACCACUACCACUACCACUACCCACUACCACUACCACCACUACCACUACAACCACUACCACUACAACCACCACCCCUACAACCACUACUACCACUACCAACAACACACAUACACACCACUACACCCACUACCACUACAACCACCACUACCACUAAAACCACUACCACACACCAACCCACAACCACCACACUACCACUACAACCACUACCCCUACAACCACUACUACCACUACCACUACCACUACAACCACUACCACUACAACCACUACCACUACAACCACUACCACUACAACCACUACUACAACCACUACCACUAAAACCACUACCACUACAACCACUACCACUAACCACUAAAACACCACCUACCACACAACCACUACACCACACUACCACAACCACUACCACUACCACUACAACCACUACCACUACAACCACUACUACCACUACAACCACUACCACUACAACCACUACCACUACAACCACUACUACAACCACUACCACUAAAACCACUACCACUACAACCACUACCAACCACUACCAUUACGACUACCCACUACAACUACAACCACUACUUACAACAACUACCGCGACACACUACAACUACAACCACUACCCACUAACACUGCAAACCACUACCACUACCACUACCACUAAAACCACUACCACUACAACCACUACUACAACCACUACCACUACAACCACUACCACUAAAACCACUACCACUACUACCACUACCACUAAAACCACUACCACUACAACCACUACCACUACAACCACUACUACCACUACCACUACCACAACCACUACCACUAACACCACUACCAUUACCACUACUAUCACUACCACUACAACCACUACCACUACUAACACUACAACCACUACCACUACAACCACUACCACUACCACUACAACCACUACCACAACCACUACUAUUACUUUACGGCCUUAUUCUAAAAUUGAUUAAAUUGUUUUUUCCCCUCAUCAAUCUACACACAAAACCCCAUAAUGACAAAGUGAAAGCAGGUUUUUAUACCUUUUUGCAAGUUUAUAUAUAUAUUUGCUUAAAUAUCUUAUUUACAGUAAAGUAUUCAGACCCUUUGCUAUGAGACUCGAAAUUGAUCUCAGGUGCAUCCUAUUUCCAUUGAUCAUCCUUGAGAUGUUUCUACAACUUGAUUGGCGUCCACCUGUGGUAAAUGCUAUUGAUUUGGAGAUGAUUUGGAAAGGCACACACCUGUCUAUAUAAGGUCCCACAGUUGACAGUGCAUGUCAGAGCAAAAACCAAGCCAUGAGGUUGAAGGAAUUUGUCCGUAGAGCUCCGAGACAGGAUUGUGUCGAGGCACAGAUCUGGGGAAAUGUACCAAAACAUUUCUGCAGCAUUGAAGGUCCCCAAGAACACAGUGUCCUCCAUCAUUAUUAAAUGGAAGACGUUUGGACCCACCAAGACCCUUCCUAGAGCUGGCCGCCCGGCCAAACUGAACAAUUGGGGGAGAAGGGCCUUGGUCAGGGAGGUGACCAAGAACCCGAUGGUCACUCUGACAGAGCUCCAGAGUUCCUCUGUGGAGAUGGGAGAACCUUCCAGAAGGACAACCAUCUCUGCAGCACUCCACCAAUCAGGCCUUUAUGGUCGAGUGGCCAGACGGAAGCCAAUCCUUAGUAAAAGGCACGACAGCCCGCUUGGAGUUUGCCAAAAGGCACCUAAAGCGCACUGCGACCAUGAGAAACAAGAUUCUCUGGUAUGAUGAAACCAAGAUUGAACUCUUUGGCCUGAAUGCCAAGCAUCAUGUCUGGAGGAAACCUGGCACCAUCCUUACGGUGAAGCAUGGUGGUGGCAGCAUCAUGAGAUGGGGAUGUUUUUCAGCGGCAGGGACUGGGAGACUAGUUAGGAUUGAGGGAAAGAUGAAUGGAGCAAAGUACUGAGAGAUCCUUGAUGAAAACCUGCUCCAGAACGCUCAGGACUUCAGACUGGGUCGAAGGUUCACCUUCCAACAGGACAACGACCAUAAGCACACAGCCAAGACAACGCAGGAGUGGCUUCGGGACAAGUGUCUGAAUGUCCUUGAGUGGCCCAGCCAGAGCCCGGACUUGAACCCGAUCGAACAUCUCUGGAGAGACCUGAAAAUAGCUGUGCAGCGAUGCUCCCCAUCCAACCUGACAGAGCUUGAGAGGAUCUGUAGGGAAGAAUGGGAGAAACUCCCCAAUUACAGGUGUGCCAAGCUUGUAGCGUCAUACCCAAAAAUAAUUUAGGCUGUAAUCGCUGCCACAGGUGCUUCAACAAAGUACUGAGUAAAGGGUCUGAAUACUUAUGUAAAUGUGAUAUUUCCGUUUUUUAUUUUUAAUACAUGUGCAAAAUGUGGAAAAAGUGAAGGGGUCUGAAUACUUUCUGAAUGCACUGCCAGCAUUACUCCGCUCUAAUCAAUAUUUAGUACUGUAACAGAGUAGAGAACAAUCAAUAAUUCCAAUUGAGAAGUUCCUAACAUUGUGCUGGAAUACUGUACAUGUGCGUUCCAGGUAUCCAGAUAAGAGCUUGGAUGAUGACUACUGCCGUAACCCAGACGCCUCCCCUGUUCCCUGGUGCUACACCACAGACCCUGAUAUGGAGAGAGAGAGCUGCGAGAUCAGCAAGUGCUGUACGUCUUUCCCCCUCAUACACCCACCCUGUACAUUCAUUCACACUAUUCCGUUGUUAUAACAAUGUAAUACAAUCUAUAUCACCUUUCUCCUUUCACUCUAGCUGUGGUUACAAAGAGACGCCUCCGGUCCAGCUACACCACAAACUGUUUCCGUGGUCGCGGGGAGGAUUACCGCGGUAAAGUAAAUGAGACGACCAGCGGUAUCGCCUGUCAGCGUUGGGACGCCCAGUACCCUCAUGAGCACCCCUUCUACCCAAACACCUAUGAAUGCAAGUAAGCCAGAAAAAUGAGAGGUGGGACUGAUGGUUGAAGGGACGAGAGGUGAUGGUUAAAGGGAUGAGAGGUGGGACUGAUGGUUAAAGGGACGAGAGGUGGGACUGAUGGUUAAAGGGACGAGAGGUGGGAAUGAUGGUUAAAGGGACGAGAGGUGGGACUGAUGGUUAAGGGGACGAGAGGUGGGACUAAUGGUUAAAGGGAUGAGAGGUGGGAAUGAUGGUUAAAGGGAUGAGAGGUGGGAAUGAUGGUUAAAGGGAUGAGAGGUGGGACUGAUGGUUAAAGGGACGAGAGGUGGGACUGAUGGUUAAAGGGACGAGAGGUGGGACUGAUGGUUAAAGGGACGAGAGGUUGGGACUGAUGGUUAAAGGGACGAGAGGUGGGACUGAUGGUUAAAGGGACGAGAGGUGGGACUGAUGGUUAAAGGGACGAGAGGUGGGACUGAUGGUUAAAGGGACGAGAGGUGGGACUGAUGGUUAAAGGGACGAGAGGUGGGACUGAUGGUUAAAGGGACGAGGGGUGGGACUGAUGGUUAAAGGGACGAGGGGUGGGACUGAUGGUUAAAGGGACGAGAGGUGGGACUGAUGGUUAAAGGGAUGAGAGGUGGGACUGAUGGUUAAAGGGAUGAGAGGUGGGACUGAUGGUUAAAGGGACGAGAGGUGGGACUGAUGGUUAAAGGGACGAGAGGUAGGACUGAUGGUUAAAGGGACGAGAGGUGGGACUAAUGGUUAAAGGGACGUGGGACUGAUGGUUAAAGGGAUGAGAGGAGGGACGAUGACUUGAGGAGUGAAGUGAAGGUUAUUGAGAUGAGUAUCUACAUGAAUGGCUGAUCUUGGGUCUAGUUAUUUAUAUUCCUAGAAUACGUUUACAUUUUAGUCAUAGCAGACGCUCAUAUCCAGAGCGACUUAGAGUCAGUAGCAUACAUCCAACCUACUGUAUUUACCCAUGAAUAAUGAUCCAUGUGUUUUUGUGUGCUAUACUUAUUGGCUAAACUAUUUGCUAUACCAUUGCUCCCAGGGGCUUGGAGGAGAACUACUGUCGUAACCCAGAUGGAUCCGAGGCGCCCUGGUGCUUCACGUCUGUGCCUAUGAUGAGGACGGCUCUCUGUUUACAGAUCAAACGCUGUGCAGACGACAUCGAAGCUGAGGGUACACUGUCCUCUGGUGUUUCAAUUGGACCGAUGCGCUCUCAAUGCAAUCUAUGUUCCUCAAACACAAGUCUACUUAAUAACUCAAAGAAGUGGUUGGAGGUUAAUUCUAUUUCAAUUCCAGUCGUUUUUUAAGAUAAACCAAAUUCCAAUUCCACAUUUUUCUAAUUGAAAAGCAUUAAAGAGAAUUGGAAUUAGAAUGUUAGUGUAUUGACUGGAAUACAAAUGGAAUUGAUCCCAACCCUGUAAUCAUGUUUUCAUGUCCUUUUUCCCCACACCCUAGAUUGCUACCAUGAAAAUGGUAAAAACUACAGGGGUGUAGUCCGAAAGACGCGUAAGGGCAUCACUUGCCAGAAGUGGAGUGUCAACAUGCCACACAAAACAAAGUAUGACAAAUAACCAGUAGAUUCUAAAAUUAAAUUGAUCAUGAAUUUGUAAAAGGCAGGUCUGUUUGGCAUUGUCAAAGAGGGAAACUCAAUAUAUAUAUUUGUAUUUAUUUAUGGGAUAGUAGCAUGUGUUUGUAGGAGUGUCUCCUGUGACAUGCGCAGGUAGGUUUACUGUACUGUGGCUUUCCAGGAUAAACCCAGGGACCCAUCCUGAUGCCAACCUGACAGAGAACUACUGCCGGAACCCAGAUGGGGACCAGCACGGACCAUGGUGCUACACCACUGACCCCAAAACAGAGUUUGACUACUGCGCCAUCAAGCAAUGUGGUAAAGAUUCCACUCCUCCCAUUACUCUGUGCCGUCAGGCAUCACAUUCCUCUCUCCAUAUAUCUUUAUUUUGUUACUCUGUCACUCAUUAUCUUUUAUCUCUAUGCUCUAAUAGUAUGCCUAAUAUCAUUAUUAAUAAUAACAAUAUUAACUUACUAACACUAUAAAGCUCUUUUAAUACAUUUUGCUCAAAGCACUAAUCCCUCUAUGGCUCUGUGUUGUUAUAAACUGAUUCAAUAAUUAUUCUGGUUAUUGUUGUUUGAACAGCUGGGGAGAAACUGUCCAUCAUUGAGCCAGCAGGUGAGUUUCUAAAGGGAUAUGCAACUAGAAUGAAAAAUAAGUAUUUCCUGGAAGUGGACCUGUGGACACAACUUUACUCAUCAACUGAAGUAGUUGUGUGUGUGUGUGUGUGUGUGUUUGUGUGUGUGUGUGUGCGUGUUUGUAUGCACAUGAAUGCAUGUGUGUGCACACAGAGAUUGUUGAGUUUAACGAGUGUGGGAAGAGAGAGGAUCGUUUGGCCAAGAGCCCAAUAAUGCGCAUUGUUGGUGGCCUUCCUGGAAACUCUCCCUGGACAGUCAGCCUCAGAGACAGGUCAGUCUGAAACAGCAGCCUUCAUAACCUCUAUGUCUCCCCCUGUAAGAGCCCAAUCUUCAUAACCUCUCUCAAUUCAAUUCAGUAGACUUUAUUGACAUGGCAAGUUAAAUUACUUACAUUGUCAAAGUAUACAUAUAACAAAAAUGGUGGGACCAACAGCAAUAAGGCAUCAGUAAUAUAUCUCUCUCUCUCCUCUCUCUCUCUCGCUCUCUCUCUCUCUCUCUCUCUCUCUCUCUCUCUCUCCUCUCUCUCUCUCUCUCUCUCUCUCUCUCUCUCUCUCUCUCUCUCUCUCUCUCUCUCUCUCUCAAUUCAAUUCAAUUCAAUUCAAUUCAAUUUCAAUUUAAGGGCUUUAUUGGCAUGGGAAACGUGUGUUAACAUUGCCAAAGCAAGUGAAGUAGAUAGUAAACAAAAGUGAAAAUAAACAAUAAAUAUUAACAGUAAACAUUACACUCAGAAGUUUCAAAAGAAUAAAGACAUUUCAAAUGUCAUAUUAUGUAUAUAUACAGUGUUGUAACAAUGUGCAAAUAGUUAAAGUAGAAAUAGGAAAAUAGGAAAAUAAAUAAACAUAAAUAUGGGGUUGUAUUUACAAUGGUGUUUGUUCUUCACUGGUUGCCCUUUUCUUGUGGCAAACAGGUCACAAAUCUUGCAGCUGUGAUGGCACACUGUGGUUUUUCACCCAGUAGAUAAGGGAGUUUAUCAUCUAGAUAGGGGGGGGGAAGAGAAGCGAAUUUAGUAUAAGACCUGUUGCGGGCAUCGUAGGCCUGAGAUCAUCGCUUGAGGCAUUGACGGAGAGAGGAAGAUCACGGAGGCCCCGUUUCUUUUUCUUAUAGGAGGUAGAAGAGAGAGAGAGCUAAUAGAGAUAGAGGAGCGAAAGAUAGUUUGUGGACAAUAGUACUGUUAUUAGAGAUGUGUGGGUUGUGUAUGAAGAAAAUAGUCUCUCUACUGUUAGAGCCCCAAGUCUUCAUACCAUCUCUCUCUCUCCCUGGGUUUUUUUUUUUAGAGGCCCAGUCUAAGUCUUCAUAACCUCUCUCUCUCCCUGUUAGAGCCCAGUCUUCAUAACCUCUCUCUCUCCCUGUUAGAGCCCAGUCUUCAUAACCCUCUCUCUCUCAUGUUUAGAGCUGUCUUCAUUAAACCUCUUCUCUCUCUCCCGUAGAGCCAAAGGAUGAAGAAACUAUAUGAUCUACCGAUAGUUGAGAAAGGCCAAAGUACUAAUAACCCUCUCGCUCUCUCCCUGUUAGGAGCCAACAAGUCUCUUUUAUAACAUCUCUCUCUCUCCUUGUUAGAGCUCCCAGGAGUCAGGUCUUCAUAACCUCUCUCUCUAUCCUAUUAGAGCACAGUCUUCAUAACCUCUCUCUCUCCCUGUUAGAGUGUCUUAUAACCUCUCUCUCCCUGUUCGAGCCAGAAACAUCUUCAUAACCCUCUCCUUCACUAUUAGAGCCAAGUUCUUUAUAAUUCCCUCUCUCUUCCUGUUAGACCAAAAAGGUCUUCAUAACCUCUCUCUCUCCCCUGUUAGAGCCCAGUAGUCAAAAAAAAAGUUCUUUCAUACCUCUCUCUCUCCCUGUUAGAGCCCAGUUAUUCAAACCUCUCUUCCUUCCUGUUAGAGCCCACCCCGUCUCAUAAAACUCUUCUCUAUCUUUUUUACCUCUGUUAGAGCCCAACCAGUAGUCUUCAUAAACCUCUUCCUCUUCUCUCCCUGUUUGUUUAGAUUAGUUUUUUCGAAGCCCAGACUUAGAAUGUAAAAGGACCUUCAUAAAAAGAAAGCCAGCAGGACACCAGCAGACUUCAUGAUCAGACUUCAUAACCCUCUCUCUCAAAGAAGGUAGAAGAAAAAGUCUUUUCCUUUAUAAACUUAUCUUUCUCCAUGUUAGAGCCCAGUCUUCAUAACCUCCAGUCUUCAAACGAGAUGAUGAGAUAGAGUAUGAGUAGAUCUAGCGAGAGAGAGAGUAGAGAGCGUGCAAUCGCGAGAGAGAGAGAGCGAGAGAGAUAGAUGAUUAUAUCUCAGCUAUCUCUCUCCCAAUGUUAGCUCUCUCUUCUCUCCUCUCCUCUCUCUCUCUCUCCUCUACCAAUAUCAUCUCUCUCCCCCUCCCAUUGUUAGAGCAUAGUCUUCAUUCUCUCUCUCUCUCUCCUCUCUCUCUCUCUCUCUCUCUCUCUCUCUCUCUCUCUCUCUCUGUAUCUCUCUCUCGCUCUCUCUCUGCUGUAAGCUCUCUCUCUCUGUAUCUCUCUCUCUAUCUCUAUCUGUAUCUUCUCUUCUCUCUCCUGUGUAUAUCUCUCGAUCUCUCUCUCGAGAGGGGAGAGAGCGGGAGGAGAGAGAGAGAGCGCGAGGGCGAGGGAGAGCGAGAGAGCGAGAGCGCGAGAGCGAGGGAAGAAGCGGAGAGCGAGCGGGGAGAGAGAGAAGGAGCGAGAAGAGGAGGAAGAGAGGGCGAGAGAGAGAGGGGAGAAGAGAGAGAGGGAGCGAGAGGGGAGAGAGCGAAGAGCGCGAGAGAGAGAGAAGAGAGAGCUAUCUAGCUCUAUCUCUAUCUAUAUCUAAUAUAUUAUCUCGUGUGGGUAAGAUCUCUUUCUCUCUAUUUAUGUUAUAUAUCUCUAUCUAUCUGUAUCUCUAUAAGUAUCUCUAUAUAUCUCUGGAUCUAUAUAGGAUCUUCUCUAGAGCGAGGGGGAAGAGAGAAGAGAGAGGAGGCAGAUGGAGAAGAGGGAAGAGGAGAGAGGGAGAGAAGGGGAGAGAGAGAGAGAGAGAGAGAGAGAGCGAGAGAGAGAGAGAGAGAGAGAGAGAGGAGAGAGAAAAGAAAAGUGGGAGGUGGGGUAGAGACUAGUAGUUAAUUAUAUAUCGAUAUAUUAGCUAUAUAUAUCAGAAUAUAUAGAUCGAUAUAUGAUAGCUAUAUCAUAGCUCUCUUAUAUCUAAUCUAGAUAUAUCUCUCUCUCUCUCUCUCUCUCUCUAUAUCUCUGUAAUCUAUCUCUUUCUCUCUUCUCUCUCUCUCUCUGUAUCUCUCUCUCUCUCUCUCUCUCUCCUCUCUCUAUGUAUCUCUAUCUCUCUCUCUGAUCCUCUCUCUCUCUGUAUCUCUCUCUCUGUAUCUCUGUAUCUCUCUCUGUAUCUCUGUAUCUCUUCUCGUAUAUCUCUCUCUGAUCUCUCUGUAUCUCUCUCUAUCUCUCUAUUGUAUCUCUCUCUCUCGUAUCUCUUCUCUCUGUAUCUCUAUCUGUAUUCUCUGUAUAUCUCUCUGUAUCUCUCUCUCUCUGUAUUCUCUCUCUCUCUUCUCGUCUCUCUCUCUGCCUCUCUCUCUCCUCUUCUCUCUCUCAUCUCUCUCGGUAUCGCUCUCUCUCUCUCCAUCUCGCUAUCUCUCUGUGUAUCUAUCUCUUCUCUCUCUCUGUGAUCUCUCUCUCUCUUCUGUUAUCUCUCUCUCUCUAGGUAUCCUCUCGUAUAUCGCACUUUCUCUUUAUUGUUGUAUCUCUCUCUUCUCAGCUAGAUAGCUAUCGCAUAGAUCUAUCUCUAUCUCUCUCUCUCUACUAUCUAUCGCUCUCUAUAUAGCUCUCUAGCGAUACUCUCUCUCCCGUGGGGUUAGAGCCAAGUCUUCAAUAACCUCUCUCUCCUCUCUCUAUCUCUCUUCUCUCCUCCUCCCAUUGUUAGAGCUAGUCUUCAUUCUCCUCCUCUUCUCUCUCCUCUCUGAUCUCUCUGUAUAUCUCUGUAUAUAUAUAUCUCUAUCUCUAUCUGUAUCUCUCUCUCUUUUCCUUUUUUUUUUUUUUUGGUUUUAAAAUUUAUCCUCUCCUGUAUCUCUCUGUAUAUAUAUAUCUCUCUCUCUCUCUGUAUCUCCUCUCUCUCUCUGUAUCUCUCUAUCUGAUCUCUCUGUAUCUCUCUCUCUCUGUAUCUCUCUGUAUCUCUCUCUCUCUGUAUCUCUUCUCUCUCUCUCUCUGUAUCUAUCUUCUCUCUCUCUGUAUCUCUCUCAGUAUCUCUCUCUGCUCUCUGUAUCUCUCUCUGUAUCUCUCUGUAUCUCUCCUGUAAUCUCUCUCCUCUGUAUCCUCGGUAUCUCUCGUAUCUCUCUCUCUCACUCCUCUCUCUCCUCUCUCUCUCUCCUCCUUCGAAAAGAUCCUCUCGGGCGAAAGGAAUAAGAGAUAGGAGUGUAGCUCUCGAUAUAGGGAGCGAGCUAGACUCGUGACUAUCUAGAUAUCUCUUUAUCUAUCGGAUAUAGUAGCUCGAGUAUAUAGAGAGCGAGAGCGAGAGAGCUAGUAGAUACUCUCUCAGUCUCUCUCUUCUCUCUCUCUCUCUCUCUCUCUCGCUCUCUCUCUCUCUCUCUCUCUCUCCUCUUCUCUCUCUCUCUCUCUCUCUCUCUCUCUCUCGGUCACCAGCCCAGUAUUCAUGACCUCUCUCUCCUUGUGUGCAGGAAAGGAAACCAUUUCUGUGGAGGCUCCCUGGUUAGUUCCAAAUGGGUGAUCAGUACUAAGCAGUGUUUCUCCUCUUGGUAUGCUUUUAUUAUUUAUAAAGCAUUUACAUGUUUUUUUCUUUUUUAAACACAGUAAAAUGAAAAAACACUGUAAAACCCAAUACCUUUUAAAAGAACCAGAUCUAGACUCUAAAACAACAAGCCUAAAAUUACCUCAAAUGGUGUAAAUCUCUUGAAUCUGAUGGGGAUCGUUGGUCAGUGUGUGUUCUCUAUGUGCAGUUAUGUUGACCUUCCAGGGUACUCAGCCAUGAUGGGGACAUUGUUUCGUAACCCCAUAGUAGGAGAGCCAGACCGACAGACUAUCCCUCUCACCAAGAUCGUCUGUGGACCCUCUGAGUCGCAGCUGGUCAUGCUUCAACUGGAAUAGUGUGUACACACACGCAUGCAGCGACGCACACACGCACAUACACAAACACACGCACUAACCACAUACGGUACACACGUACAGUACAUCGUACACAUACAGUACCCAUGCAAUAUUAUCAUACCUUUUCCAACUAGUCCACCCCAUAUUAUUUAACAGCAAACCCAUUUAAAUCCCCAUUCUGCUCAGUCUGAUGUUCUUUCUCCUCCUCCUCUUCCUCAGCCCUGCCCAGUUUAACGAGCGUGUGUCUCAGAUAUGCCUGCCCCCUGAACGCUACAUAGUUCCAGACGGAACCCUCUGUGAGAUCGCAGGCUGGGGGGAAACUCAAGGUAAAGUAGAGCUAUGCUCAUAAUAGUAACACUUCAAUAUAAUUUAGUCACAUUCCUCCAUAUGAAUCUUUAAAGGCACCCACCAGAGGGCAAUGCCGCUCCUAUUUUGACGUAAUUCCUGCUUGUUUACGUUCCACCUCCGAAGAAUGACACAGGCUACUUACAGUGGCUUGCGAAAGUAUUCACCCUCUUUGGCAUUUUUCCUAUUUUGUUGCCUUACAAUCUGGAAUUAAAAUGGAUUUUUGGGGGGUUUGUAUCAUUUGAUUUACACAACAUGCCUACCACUUUGAAGAUGCAUCAUAUUUUUUAUUGUGAAACAAACAAUUUUUUUAAACAAGUUAUUUCUUUCAUUUAACUUCACCAAUUUGAACUAUUUUGUGUAUGUCCAUUACAUGAAAUCCAAAUAAAAAUCAAUUUAAAUUACAGGUUGUAAUGCAACAAAAUAGGAAAAACGCCAAGGGGGAUAAAUACUUUUGCAAGGCACUGUAUACAUACAGUAUUCACGAAUUGGGGGUGGGAAAGAACGUUGUGGGGAUUUCCACAUAGAGUCAGUGUAGCUAUAAUGCUAACCUUAGCUAGCCAACUUGCUAACUUUAUCUAGCUAGCAAAUGUUAUCUGUUGUUGCUGUUUUUUUAUUUUUUAUUACACCGUAUUCAAAAGAUUAGCCAGCUGGCUAGGCUGGCUCUGGCGUAUUUUUUUAUUGUGAAACAAACAAGAAAUAAGACAAAAAAACAGAAAACUUGAGCGUGCAUAACUAUUCAGCCCCCCCAACCCACCCCACCCCCGCCCCCCAAGGAAAUACUUUGUAGAGCCACCUUUUGCAGCAAUUACAGCUGCAAGUCUCUUGGGGUAUGUCUCUAUAAGCUUGGCACAUCUAGCCACUGGGAUGUUUGCCCAUUUUUCAAGGCAAAACGGCUCCAGCUCCUUCAAGUUGGAUGGGUUCCGCUGGUGUACAGCAAUCUUUAAGUCAUACCACAUAUUCUCAAUUGGAUUGAGGUCUGGGCUUUGACUAGGCCAUUCCAAGACAUUUAAAUGUUUCCCCUUAAACCACUCGAGUGUUGCUUUAGCAGUAUGCUUAGGGUCAUUAUCCUGCUGGAAGGUGAACCACCGUCCCAGUCUCAAACGUGUUUGCUUAUUUAUUUCUUUAAGCAAUUGCUUUUUUCCUUGCCACUCUUCUGUAAAGCCCAGCUCUGUGGAGUGUACAGCUUAAAAUGGUCCUAUGGACAGAUACUUCAAUCUCCGCUGUGGAGCUUUGCAGCUUCUUCAGGGUUAUCUUUGGUCUCUUUGUUGCCUCUCUGAUUAAUGCCCUCCUUGCCUGGUCCGUGAGUUUUGGUUGGCGGCCCUCUCUUGGCCAUUCAGAACAGGUGUAUAUAUACUGAGAUCAUGUGACAGAUCAUGUGACACUUAGAUUGCACACAGGUGGACUUUAUUUACAGUGAGGGAAAAAAAUAUUUGAUCCCCUGUUGAUUUUGUACGUUUGCCCACUGACAAAGACAUGAUCAGUCUAUAAUUUUAAUGGUAGGUUUAUUUGAACAGUGAGAGACAGAAUAACAACAAAAAAAUCCAGAAAAACGCAUGUCAAAAAUGUUAGAAAUUGAUUUGCAUUUUAAUGAGGGAAAUAAGUAUUUGACCCCUCUGCAAAACAUGACUUAGUACUUGGUGGCAAAACCCUUGUUUGCAAUUACAGAGGUCAGAUGUUUCUUGUAGUUGGCCACCAGGUUUGCACACAUCUCAGGAGGGAUUUUGUUCCACUCCUCUUUGCAGAUCUUCUCCAAGUCAUUAAGGUUUCGAGGCUGACGUUUGGCAACUCGAACCUUCAGCUCCCUCCACAGAUUUUCUAUGGGAUUAAGGUCUGGAGACUGGCUAGGCCACUCCAGGGCCUUAAUGUGCUUCUUCUUGAGCCACUCCUUUGUUGCCUUGGCGGUGUGUUUUGGGUCAUUGUCAUGCUGGAAUACCCAUCCACGACCCAUUUUCAAUGCCCUGGCUGAGGGAAGGAGGUUCUCACCCAAGAUUUGACGGUACAUGGCCCCGUCCAUCGUCCCUUUGAUGCGGUGAAGUUAUCCUGUCCCCUUAGCAGAAAAACACCCCCAAAGCAUAAUGUGUCCACCUCCAUGUUUGACGUUGGGGAUGGUGUUCUUGGGGUCAUAGGCAGCAUUUCUCCUCCUCCAAACACGGCGAGUUGAGUUGAUGCCAAAGAGCUCCUUUUUGGUCUCAUCUGACCACAACACUUUCACCCAGUUCUCCUCUGAAUCAUUCAGAUGUUCAUUGGCAAACUUCAGACAGGCCUGUAUAUGUGCUUUCUUGAGCAGGGGGACCUUGCGGGUGCUGCAGGAUUUCAGUCCUUCACGGCCUGUGUGUUACCAAUUGUUUUCUUGGUGACUAUGGUCCCAGCUGCCUUGAGAUCAUUGACAAGAUCAUCCCGUGUAGUUCUGGGCUGAUUCCUCACCGUUCUCAUGAUCAUUGCAACUCCACGAGGUGAGAUCUUGCUUGGAGCCCCAGGCAGAGGGAGACUGACAGUUCUUUUGUGUUUCUUCCAUUUGCGAAUAAUCGCACCAACUGUUGUCACCUUCUCACCAAGCUGCUUGGCGAUGGUCUUGUAACCCAUUCCAGCCUUUUGUAGGUCUACAAUCUUGUCCCUGACAUCCUUGGAGAGCUCUUUGGUCUUGGCCAUGGUGGAGAGUUUGGAAUCUGAUUGAUUGAUUGCUUCUGUGGACAGGUGUCUUUUAUACAGGUAACAAACUGAGAUUAGCAGCACUCCCUUUAAGAGUGUGCUUCUAAUCUCAGCUCGUUACCUGUAUAAAAGACACCUGGGAGCCAGAAAUCUUUCUGAUUGAGAGGGGAUCAAAUACUUAUUUCCCUCAUUAAAAUGCAAAUCAAUUUAUAACAUUUUUGAUAUGCGUUUUUCUGGAUGUGUUGUUAUUCUGUCUCUCACUGUUCAAAUAAACCUACCAUUAAAAUUAUAGACUGAUAAUUUCUUUGUCAGUGGGCAAACGUACAAAAUCAGCAGGGGAUCAAAUACUUUUUUCCCUCACUGUUACUAAUGUACAGUGGGGAGAACAAGUAUUUGAUACACUGCCGAUUUUGCAGGUUUUCCUACUUACAAAGCAUAUAGAGGUCUGUAAUUUUUAUCAUAGGUACACUUCAACUGUGAGAGACGGAAUCUAAAACAAAAAUCCAGAAAAUCACAUUGUAUGAUUUUUAAGUAAUUAAUUUGCAUUUUAUUGCAUGACAUAAGUAUUUGAUCACCUACCAACCAGUAAGAAUUCCGGCUCUCACAGACCUGUUAGUUUUUCUUUAAGAAGCCCUCCUGUUCUCCACUCAUUACCUGUAUUAACUGCACCUGUUUGAACUCGUUACCUGUAUAAAAGACACCUGUCCACACACUCAAUCAAACAGACUCCAACCUCGCCACAAAGGCCAAGACCAGAGAGCUGUGUAAGGACAUCAGGGAUAAAAUUGUAGACCUGCACAAGGCUGGGAUGGGCUACAGGACAAUAGGCAAGCAGUUUGGUGAGAAGGCAACAACUGUUGGCGCAAUUAUUAGAAAAUGGAAGAAGUUCAAGAUGACGGUCAAUCACCCUCGAUCUGGGGCUCCAUGCAAGAUCUCACCUCGUGGGGAAUCAAUGAGGAAGGUGAGGGAUCAGCCCAGAACUACACGGCAGGACCUGGUCAAUGACCUGAAGAGAGCUGGGACCACAGUCUCAUAGAAAACCAUUAGUAACACACUAUGCCGUCAUAGAUUAAAAUCCUACAGCGCACGCAAGGUCCCCCUGCUCAAGCCAGCGCAUGUCCAGGCCCGUCUGAAGUUUGCCAAUGACCAUCUGGAUGAUCCAGAGGAGGAAUGAGAGAAGGUAAUGUGGUCUGAUGAGACAAAAAAAUAGCUUUUUGGUCUAAACUCCACUCGCCGUGUUUGGAGAAAGAAGAAGGAUGAGUACAACCCCAAGAACACUAUCCCAACCGUGAAGCAUGGAGGUGAAAACAUCAUUCUUUGGGGAUGCUUUUCUGCAAAGGGGACAGGACGACUGCACCGUAUUUAGGGGAGGAUGGAUGGGGCCAUGUAUCGCGAGAUCUUGGCCAACAACCUCUUUCCGUCAGUUAGAACAUUGAAGAUGGGUCGUGGCUGUGUCUUCCAGCAUGACAAUGACCCGAAACACAGCCAGGACAACUAAGGAGUGGCUCCGUAAGAAGCAUCUCAAGGUCCUGGAGUGGCCUAGCCAGUCUCCAGACCUGAACCGAAUAGAAAAUCUUUGGAGGGAGCUGAAAGUCCGUAUUGCCCAGCGACAGCCCCGACACCUGAAGGAUCUGGAGAAGGUCUGUAUGGAGGAGUGGGCCAAAAUCCCUGCUGCAGUGUGUGCAAACCUGGUCAAGACCUACAGGAAACGUAUGAUCUCUGUAAUUGCAAACAAAGGUUUCUGUACCAAAUAUUAAGUUCUGCUUUUCUGAUGUAUCAAAUACUUAUGUCAUGCAAUAAAAUGCAAAUUAAUUACUUAAAAAUCAUACAAUGUGAUUCUCUGGAUUUUUGUUUUAGAUUCCGUCUCUCACAGUUGAAGUGUACCUAUGAUAAAAAUUACAGACCUCUACAUGCUUUGUAAGUAGGAAAACCUGCAAAAUCGGCAGUGUAUCAAAUACUUGUUCUCCCCACUGUAUGUGACUUCUGAAGGUAAUUGGUUGCACCAGAUCUUAUUUAGGGGCUUCAUAGCAAAGGGGGUGAAUACAUAUCCACGCACCCCUUUUCCGUUAUUUAUGUUUUAGAAUUUUUUGAAAAAAGUACUUUUUUUAAUUUCACUUCACCAAUUUGAACUAUUUUGUGUAUGUCCAUUACAUGAAAUCCAAAUAAAAAUCAAUUUAAAUUACAGGUUGUAAUGCAACAAAAUAGGAAAAACACCAAGGGGGAUGAAUACUUUUGCAAGGCACUGUAUACAUACAAUAUUCAUGAAUUGGGGGUGGGAAAGAACGUUGUGGGGAUUUCCACAUAGAGUCAGUGUAGCUAUCAUGCUAACCUUAGCUAGCCAACUUGCUAACUUUAUCUAGCUAGCAAAUGUUAUCUGUUGUUGCUGUUUUUUUAUUUUUUAUUACACCGUAUUCAAAAGAUUAGCCAGCUGGCUAGGCUGGCUCUGGCGUUGGAUUUGUCAUAAGCAUUUAGAGAAAACUACUUUGACUAAUUGACUUCGCCAUUUAAUGUUAUCUCCAAUAUUUUGGCAUCUUCCGUAAGAGACAUGCAUUUUUCUACAUUGUAAUGGACACGGUGCAACCUUCUGUAGGUAGGCUGCUGGCAGGCUGCAGUACAGCAAUGCCAAGUAAGCCCUUGCUCAUGGUUCUCACAAAGGAAGUGAAAUGAUAGGCUUGAAUGACUUUGCUCAUCAUUUACAUUUCAAAUAACAUGUAACAACACCCUGAGCGCAUCGGACACAAAACCCCAAUACAAAUGCAACAACAGCACAACAAAAUAGAUAAACAAGUUCCUUGAAUUUUCUUUCAUGGGUGCCUUUUCAUUAUACGAUAGACUAGCAAAAAUAAAAGUGAAAAUCUACAAAUUAUCUAAUAGAAUAUAUAAAUUAUCUGGUAAAAAAAAGUGGAGGUACAAAAACAUACAUCUUUAUUUGCUCCAUGGCUCAGGCAGCCAAGUACUACGGCGACAAGCUGUUUGGCUCAUUCGCGACUCGACUCCGAAGAGGAAGAACUUUGCAGGUGUUUCUGAUUAAUUGCUGGUUGGUGGGAACAUUAAAAUAAAACCCAGCCCUGAAAAGAAACGUCAUAUCAUAGGGGAAGCACGCGGCAUUGACUGUCACUCCUGCUCCAGUGCUUGACGUCGCCGGUCUACUGUACUAACCACCGGUCCUGGCAAUCUUCAUUACGCACACCUGCUCCCCAUUAUUACACACACCCUUCAUCAUCACCUUGAUUACCUUCCCUUUAUUUAGCCCUCAGUAGCCUCAGUCAUCAGGCAGUAUUGGCUUGUUUUCAUUCACGGUCUGUACGCUUCUCCUGUUUUGUUUAUCUGCAUUCUUCAUUAUUAAACUCACCUUCUGCACCUGCUUCCUGACUCCCGGCGUAUACGUGACAUUGACACAAACAAAAAUUAAAAGUCUCCACUUCGGAUUUCCCACUUCAAGCCCAAAUAUUUCAUACUUUGACUAAAACAGUGACUUAUUGACUUCAAUCAUUGUGCAACGUCAUGGGCAAGAUCUGGACAUUAUCUUUCAGUAGAUUCUUUUUAAAUUUCCACUCUUGUGGUACUUUAAACUUCCUUAUAUUAGCCUCAUCUGCAUAUUUCUCCUGUUGUAUUCUUUAUAACGUAUAAUGUCCAUUAUAUACCACCAUCAUAUAGCGGCAUUAAAAAUCAAAGGAAGAGGCGUUGCCGUGCCUUCUUCACGACUGUGUUGGUGUGUGGGGACCAUGUUAAUUCCUUAGUGAUGUGGACAGCGAGGAACUUGAAGCUUUCGACCUGCUCCACUACAGCCCCAUCGAUGUGGAUGGGGCAUGCUCGGCCCUCCAUUUCCUGGACUCCACGAUCAGCUCCUUUGUCUUGUUGAUGUUGAGGGAGAGGUUGUGUCACUGACCUCCUCCCUAUAGGCUGUCCCAUCAUUGUCGGUGAUCAGACCUACCACCGUCGUGUCGUCAGCAAACUUAAUGAUGGUGUUGGAGUCAUGCACGGCCACGCAGUCGUGGGUGAACAGGGAGUACAGGAGGGGACUAAGCACGUACCCCUGAAGGGUCCCCGUGUAGAGGGUCAGCGUGGCGGAUGUGUUGUUGCCUACCCUCACCACUUGGGGGCGGCCCAGGAAGUCCAGGAUCCAGUCGCAGAGGGAGGUGUUCAGUCCAAGGGUCCUGAUCUUAGUGAUGAGCUUGGAGGGCACUACAGUGUUGAACGCUGAGCUUGUAGUCAAUUAACAGCAUUCUCACAAAAGUGUUCAGUGUUCCUCUUCUCCAGGUGGGAGAGGACAGUGUGGAGUGCAAUAGAGAUUGCGUCAUCUGUGGAUCUGUUGGGGCGUUAUGCAAAUUGGAGUGGGUCCAGGGUGUCUGGGAUGAUGGCGUUGAUGUGAGCCAUGACCAGCUUUUCAAAGUAUUUCAUGGCUACAGAUGUGCGCUAUGGGGCGAUAGUCAUUUAGACAGGUUACCUUGGCGUUCUUGGGCACAGGAACUAUGGUGGUCUGCUUGAAACAUGUAGGUAUUAGAGACUGGGUCAGGGAGAGGUUGAAAAUGUUAGACACCCACCAGCUGGUCAGCGCAUGCUCUGAGUAUGCGUCCUGGUCAUCCGUCUGGCCCUGCGGCCUUGUGAACAUUAACCUGUUUAAAGGUCUUACUCACAUCGGCUAUGGCGAGUGAGAUCACACAGUCGUCCGGAACAGCUGGUGCUUUCAUGCAUGGUUCAGUGUUGCUUGCCUCGAAGCGAGCAUACGACCAGGGCCCUGAGUUGUCCCAGGUCAGAUUACAUGGUCAGGAAAAACAUAGGAACCAAAUUUAUGAAAUACUGUUUCUUUAGCGAAAACAUAACUUUUUCUGCCGUUGAAGUUAUGAAGUAUCUGCUUUACUAAUGUAGCAUGUAAAUGAGAAAGUGUUUCAGAUCCUGGACCAACAGAUGGUGUUGUUAUAUCCGGUACCACUCAGCAUCACCUCUUCCUCAUUGUCUCGUUAUCUCCAUCUCAUCCUCCUUUCCCCCUCUUUCCCUUUUUCUCUCACUUUCUUAGGCACUUCUACAGAUGACUCUGUGCUCAAUGUGGCUCAAAUACCAGUCCUAAGCAACAAGGACUGUAACAACUACUUUCGGGGUCGUGUUCGGGAGAACGAGAUGUGCACCAACUCCUUCCAGGGUGGGGUGGGUGCCUGUGAGGUAGGUUCGGUGUGUUUGUGAGUUGUAGGAUAUUUCUAUGGGCAGUGAUUUGUUUGUAUGAGAGAGACUGAGAUUGAUGGUGAGCAAGAAUGAUAAGAUGAUAACUUUAUGAUGACUUUAUUUGAUCCUUUAUGUGACAUACAGCCCAACACAAACAUGGACAGAUGUAGGAUCUUAAUUUUAGCCAGUUUGCUACAGAAGGCAAAUAAUCCUGCAGCAAUGUAAAUUAUUAUGUGGAUUAUAAUUAAUGGAAAUCUUUGUAGGGCUUGAUACAUUUUUCGUAAGGGAAAAUCAAGUCUGAAAUUUCAGAGUGGAAAUUACAAACUUCAGAAGCCUUUUUUAAGCUCAAAUACACUACAAGUUUUAAAUGUCCCGCAUUGCAGGAAAGUUCUGCUGUGUGACAAUGAUCUGACAGUGAUGUGUUCUUUCCAUGUGACCCCCAGAGAGACUACGGGGGCCCUCUGGCCUGUCAGAACAGUGACUGCUGGGUGCUGGAGGGAGUGAUCAUCCCCAUGAGGCGCUGUGGACACCCAGGCCAGCCUAACAUCUUCAUCCGCGUCUCUGUCUAUGUGGACUGGAUUAAGAAGGUCAUGGAGAUGGCU